AUGGAGAUUUCAGAAAUAGAACCGGACACCGGUCGUGGAGAAAUCAAGUCCAGUACCAAAGAAAAUCCUAAUCUCGUUGGUAGUUCUAGAGUCAGAGCUAUUCAGCGAUGUCACUGUAGUCCUCACGACCAUCAUUUAAAAUGUUUGAUUUUGUAUCGUAAUCUUCCUGCACGUUGCUCUUGCGGUCACUGGUUCCUUCUCGUUGAUGGACAGCGUUAUGAGGAGGAGCGAGAGAAAAAGUGGAAUAAAAUUAAAGAUGAACCAGAAAAUGCUGAACUGCUUAAACGAUUUAAUAUCUUGGAGAAAGAAUUAAACAUCCUUUUAGCAGAUGAAAAAUCGAUGACACCAAAAACUCCGGGUGCGGCUGAAAUGAUGGAUAACAUGGCUCUAAAAUGGAAGGAGAUGAAAGAAGUGUUAGCUAAAGGCUUCACUAAGCUUGAUAUAGAUUCUGGAGAUUUGAAUGUCCCUGUGGAAAGUAAGCUGUCAUGGUUGCAAAAGGAUCUUAUCAUGGAGAUUUCAGAAAUAGAACCGGACACCGGUCGUGGAGAAAUCAAGUCCAGUACCAAAGAAAAUCCUAAUCUCGUUGGUAGUUCUAGAGUCAGAGCUAUUCAGCGAUGUCACUGUAGUCCUCACGACCAUCAUUUAAAAUGUUUGAUUUUGUAUCGUAAUCUUCCUGCACGUUGCUCUUGCGGUCACUGGUUCCUUCUCGUUGAUGGACAGCGUUAUGAGGAGGAGCGAGAGAAAAAGUGGAAUAAAAUUAAAGAUGAACCAGAAAAUGCUGAACUGCUUAAACGAUUUGAUAUCUUGGAGAAAGAAUUAAACAUCCUUUUAGCAGAUGGAAAAUCGAUGACACCAAAAACUCCGGGUGCGGCUGAAAUGAUGGAUAACAUGGCUCUAAAAUGGAAGGAGAUGAAAGAAGUGUAUGCUAACAUACGCAAAAACAUGCUGCUUGACUAA